AUGCGCGCGCUCGCCCAGCGCGCGCGCGUCGCCGCGCGCGAACCCGUGCGCGCGUGGACGCACCGGCCGCGAUCGCGAUCGACGACGCACGCGAAACGAAAGGGUUUCGCGGAAUUCCUCCGCGUCGGUGGCGUCGACGCCGACGACGCGCGUUCGUGGUACAACGGACGACGCCCGCUGCGACCGGGCGCGCGGACGCCGAUGCGACGCGUGCCGAGUGAAAUCGCGCCCGUGCCGCCGUACGCGCGCGAUGGACACCUCCCGGCGUACGACGACGGGACGUGGCAGCUGGCGACGACGGCGGCGGACCGAGAGGGGAUGCGGGCGGCGGGACGGUUCGCGGCGGAGGUGCUGGACAUGGCGGAGUUGAUGAUCGUCCCUGGGGUGACGACGACGGAUGACAUCGACGUCGCGGUGCACGAGAUGAUCGUCGCGCGCGGGGCGUAUCCGAGUCCGUUGAAUUACGGAGGUUUUCCGAAGAGCGUGUGCACGUCUCUGAACGAAUGCAUCUGUCACGGAAUCCCCGACGAUACGGUGAUCGAGUCUGGGGAUAUUAUUAAUAUCGAUGUCACGGUGUAUCUCAACGGCUAUCACGGCGAUACGUCGAGGACGAUUAUGUGCGGCGAGGUGACGGAUGAGGUGCGAAGGCUGGUGGAGACGACGGAGCGGGCGCUGGACGCCGCGAUCGCGGUGUGCGGGCCGAACGUGCCGGUGCGCAGAAUCGGGGCGACGAUUCACAAGAUUGCGGACGAGGGCAAGUACGGGGUGGUGGAAAAGUUUGUCGGACACGGCGUCGGGAAGGUGUUUCACAGCGGACCGACGGUGAAGCACCAUCGUAACAACGACCCGGGCGAGUUGAAGGUCGGCACCACGUUCACGAUCGAGCCCAUGUUGACCAUCGGAACGACGAGGGACAAGAUGUGGAAGGACGGGUGGACCAGCGUCACCGCGGACGGGAAGUGGACGGCGCAAUGCGAGCACACGCUCCUCGUCACGGAGACGGGCGUGGAGAUUCUCACCGCGUCGCCGCUUCGCGCCCAGCGCGCCGCCGACGCCGCCGCGAAGACCACCGCGUGA